UAUGAUCCCAUGGGAGGGCGGAGGGGGGCUUUGACAGUGGAAAGAGGAGGGAUGGUCUGUUAAGAGCCUUAUCCCAUCACAGCAACUUUUCUCUCAUCCCGAGCAUAUUGUAUUUUUUUUCUUUUUUUCAGGAGGAAUCAUCUUUAAAUCAUCAUCAAUCAUUCAUCUUUUGUGGAGCAUAAUGGCCUCUGGGAGGGCUUGAUGUCAACUUUCAUGCCGUUGUCCACCUGUGCCAAUGUUUACACGCGACAGAGCUCCGAGCGAGGAUGCAGUGUGGGCGCUAAACAACAAUGCGGCCUCAGUGUGCAGGAAUCACGAGAAUGGCCCUGGUCAGCCCGCGACGCCCACUCUGUCUUUCCCAGUCUUGCUGUUUGUCUCCCUUUACACACUCAAGUCUGACAACAACCAGACAGCAGCUUCCGUGUGCAGCUCCACGUGCAUUGGACCAGCUUGUUCACGCGCGUGUCCUUCUUGGAGCGAACACGGUCAGCACCUGCAGAGGAACGACGGAGAAAUAACUUUCAACCGUCCCCCGAAGCCCUCCGGCAUCUUUUCUCCAAAGACGAACGCCUCCCCGUCUGACCGUCUCCAACUGAAGCCGAGCUUUUCUCUACAUCCCGGCGUUCCUUCUGCAUUAGCAGAGCGGACUGAGCCCCGAGCCAGGCGGGAUCGUCUUGAUCGGAAAGCGCGGGUGGACUUUACCAAUAGAGCCCAGUUUUUGCAGUGUUAUCCUGAGCGUGGGUAUGAGAAAAUGCACCCGGAGAGCCAAGCAGCUGGAUGGAUGACUCCUGCAAAGUCUGCGGCCAGCUGGGAAGAUCAGCUCGGAAGACAUUCCAAAGAAGAUACCCAGUGGACAUUAUCCAACACAACAGUCAAUGAUUUGGAGGUUGAGCAGGACCGCAGCUGUCAAUCAAGAGGCAAGACUCAAACAAUGCAAGCUCCCUGGCGGACGCACAUGGGAACGCAAUUUAAGACGUGUCUAGUGCAUCCUGUGCAAGCAUCUCCUGCUCCACACAUUGGAAUCGCACCUCCAAAUGUCAAUGAAGUGAGUGCGUCUCUAAAAGGAUCCCGCUGUCAUGGAGCUACCGCCAAAGUGCGAGAACAUCCCUUAAGCCUUGACGCGGAGCUCUUUGACGGGCCGUCUGCAGCCGAAUGCUCAAAGAAGACCAGUCUUCCAGGGGGGGGACUAGAGGAUCCCUAUUACGUCAGCAUUUCUUACACAGAUUCGGUGUAUGAGGACAUGUCGGACAUAGUUCCUCCAGAAGUGAGACCCAAACCGGCCGUCCCGGCCAAGCCCCCCAACGUGGGCGCUCCCUCGCCCUCCGGCCCCUUCCCGCCUCAAGGGCCAGGCGCGGGGGGAGCGGGUGUAUCCGCGCCGCCCCACAGCGCCAUCCCGGUGCCCGUCGGGAGUCACGGCCCGAGCCACGGGGGCUCUCACGCCUUCGGUCUCGGCGCGGCCCACGCCGGGGGUCACGGUCACGACGGCACCGGCGGGGGGUCCGCUCUGCUGGGGUACAUCGGCAUCGACGCCAUCAUCGAGCAGAUGAGGAAGAAGACGAUGAAGACGGGCUUUGACUUCAACAUCAUGGUCGUCGGUCACAGCGGUCUGGGGAAGUCGACUCUGGUCAACACCUUGUUUAAGUCCCAGGUGAGCAGGAGGAGUGCCGGCUGGUCCCGUGACGACAAGAUCCCCAAAACUGUGGAAAUUAAAUCAGUGUCUCACGUUAUCGAGGAAGGCGGCGUGAAAAUGAAGCUGACUGUUGUCGACACGCCGGGAUUCGGGGACUUAAUCAACAACGACAACUGCUGGGAGCCCAUUUCCAAGUACAUCAAUGAGCAGUACGAGAAGUUCCUCAAGGAGGAGGUGAAUAUUACCAGAAAGAAGCGCAUCCCAGACACCAGAGUGCACUGCUGUCUCUAUUUCAUCUCCCCGACCGGACACACACUGCGGCAGCUCGACGUGGAGUUCAUGAAGCGCUUGAGUCACUCCGUCAACAUCAUUCCUGUGAUCGCCAAGGCCGACACCGUGACCCCCGAAGAGAGACAGGAGUUCAAACAGCGGGUGAAGAAGGAGCUGGAGAUGAACGGCAUUGAGUUUUACCCGCAGAAAGAGUUUGACGAGGACAUGGAGGACAAGAGCGACAACGACAAGAUCAGAGAGGCGAUGCCCUUCGCUGUGGUGGGCAGCGACAAAGAAUAUCAAGUGAACGGCAAGCGGGUUUUGGGGAGGAAAACCGCAUGGGGAGUUGUAGAAGUUGAAAAUAUGAAUCACUGCGAGUUUGCCCAGCUGAGAGACUUCAUCAUCAGAUCUCACUUACAGGAUCUGAAGGAGGUGACUCAUAGCAUUCACUAUGAAACGUACCGUGCCAAGAGACUCCACGAGAACGGAGGCCUGCACCCAGUUGACGCCCAGGAAAGCAACCUGUAAGCAGUCCGUCUUGUCCUGCAAGUUCAGUGAGGCUGACAGAUGUGCCCGACAUUAUAUGAUCAUGACUGGCAUCGCGGCAUGAUUGAAACACACUUAAAUGUGUACAAAUCGGUGUCAUUUAAUGUGAUUUAAAAAAAAACAAAAAAAAAACCCUUGCUUGUCAAAGUAAGUAAAUAUUUGGGUGUGCCGCCCAGAGUUUGGUGCCAUAAUACAAAAGACUGCCAAUGCCUUGACAGUGCUGGUUGGUUGGAGGUGUCUCAGAGAAAAUGUCUGUCAUUAUACUUGGUUUAGUACGUACUGUAGGUUUUGUGACUGAUGGACGUAUAGGAUCUCUGAAUUACUUUAAUCAUUUCUGCCUCGCAUAGGCAUUCCAUCACAUUUAUCAUGAGGAUUAUUUUACUUGAAAACAAUUUGCACAACUGUGCAGUUUAAUAUAUUUAAAAUAUACACAAACAAGUCAACAGGAAGAGCUCAAACGUUUGGCAGGAUUACAUAAUUAAUGCAUUUAAAACAGCAUGCUUAACAUGACAUAACAUAACAUUUAACUGGUAUCCAACUGAGACAGGAUGUGUCAGGCUCGUCAUUGAGUUUCAAACCUGAGAAAAGGCCGAUAGUGAUGUCAUCCAAUUGCCAUACUCCUCUCGACCACUUAGUGGCAGCACUCUUCCAUAGCUCUGAUGUUUCCAAUAAGAUUUGUUGUAGCCGUUUUUGCCGAUGGUCAUUGUUUCAAAAUAUGUCGAUAAGGUCACAAUUAAUCCUGAUUGAGCUAUCCUGAGUUAUACGUCACAUGAGUUUUACAAGAUUCCAACAAUGUACAUGUUCAGUGUUUACUCAGUCGGGACGAAAGUGUUCUGCACUGGACUUUUUUUUAAUUUUUGUUAUAAUAUUUUUAUUUAUUUUUGCUGUAGUGCACAAAUAUGCCAAAACUACAGCCAAUUAAACCAAUCAGGUUCUUUUUGAGAGAGAUGAAUCAUUGUUUGAUACGUGAGCAUUUGUGUUGUUUUGAUUUGAGACGUAGUUGUUUGUGGAUUUUAGUGGAGUCGGGAAAAAUGUAAAGAAAUAGUGUGAAAUGAAUUCUUUUUCUAGUCUGUUUACUUGUGCAUGCUUGAAUCCUAAAUGUCUGCGCGCCUAAAGCCAAUCGCUGCACUGUUCCAUCAACCAUUUCUGAGCAUGUUAUAGUUUGGUAAAUACACUAACUGGAAUAAAGCACUGCUUUCUGCAAUUAACCUGGCAGCCCGCGAUAGACAGAUUGCUCAUCCUUUUGAUUUUCCAUUAUGCAUAAUUUCUUAAGGUUUUCUGUGAAACAUUGAGAUAUAAUUGACAACACUAUUGCAUCUUAUUUUUUAUUUGUCUUAUUUAUUGGAAUUUAUUGAAUAAAUGUACAUUCCCAUGGAAA